UGUCAGUGUGUAUUGAAAUUCGCACGCAAAUUUCUUACUCAAUCCAUACAUAUCACUUUACACAGAUGAAUUUAGCGAUAGAGAGAGAACCAAGGAAAAAGUGAUGCGAAAAAGUCUAAAAUAAGAAAAGGGGAAAAGAGUGAAGUUGUAAUCAAUACCAACAGUGCUCCAUCUUUGAUUCUGAUCUCAUCUUGUAUAUUUUUUUUGCGUUUUCCUUCAAAAUCUCCAAUUUUGGAAGGCUUGAAUUAAAAUAAUAUUUGCAAUUUUUGUUGGGAGUUGAAGGGUUCGGCAAAUGCUUGGAAUUUGCUUCGGACUGGGAGAAAACUUAAUCCAGUUUUUGAUUUGCAAUUGGAGUCAUUUCGAUGAAGCUAAAGAAGAGGGAAACUACAUUAACUUGCCAGUGCGAUUGUGUAGAUUAAUUAGAGGAGUGUAGGACUUAGAUCUAAUUGAUCAGGUAAAGAGGAGUAGGAAUGGAAAGCCGCAUAAAAAACUACUAUCCUGCUGAGAAGAGAACUUAUGGAUAGGAAGAUAGCUGAACAAUCAUCCUGAAAGGGGCAGAUACAAGUACAUUAAUACUCAUCAGACUCACUAAUGGCAUCUUCUGGCCUAGGACAUGGAGGAGCUGGCAGUUCAAGAUCAUCUAAUGGUUUCAAGGGAUCAUCUAGUUCAGUUGAUUGGCUUGGAAAGGAGAUGCUAGAAAUGAGAUUGAGGGACAGAUUGGACCCUGAUGAUGAUAGGGACAGUGAACCUGAUAUAAUUGAUGGUGUGGGUGCUGAAACAGGACAUGUCAUUAGGACCAAUACUGGUGGCCGAAAUGGUCAACCCAAGCAGGCUGUCAGUUACAUAGCAGAACAUGUUGUUGGAACUGGUUCCUUUGGAGUAGUUGUGCAAGCAAAAUGCCAAGAGACUGGAGAAAUUGUUGCUAUCAAGAAGGUUCUUCAAGACAAACGCUACAAGAAUAGGGAGUUGCAGAUUAUGCAAAUGUUGGACCACCCUAACAUUGUGGCCCUAAAGCAUUCUUUUUUUUCAACAACAGACAAGGAAGAACUGUAUCUGAAUCUUGUUCUUGAAUACGUUCCUGACACUGUUAAUCGUAUUGCAAGGCAAUACAGCAGGAUGAACCAGCGAAUGCCAUUGAUAUAUGUCAAACUUUAUACUUAUCAGAUAUGCAGGGCACUUGCUUAUAUACAUAAUUAUAUUGGUAUUUGUCACCGCGACAUCAAGCCUCAGAAUUUACUUGUGAAUUCACACACUCAUCAGCUGAAGAUAUGUGACUUUGGAAGUGCUAAAGUUUUGGUGAAAGGAGAACCAAACGUGUCCUAUAUCUGUUCAAGAUAUUAUCGUGCUCCUGAGCUCAUAUUUGGUGCCACUGAAUAUACAACUGCAAUAGAUAUAUGGUCAACUGGUUGUGUAAUGGCUGAGUUACUUCUUGGACAGCCCUUGUUUCCCGGAGAGAGUGGAGUUGAUCAACUCGUUGAAAUUAUAAAGGUUCUGGGAACGCCUACCAGAGAGGAGAUUAAAUGCAUGAAUCCUAACUACACUGAAUUCAAGUUUCCACAGAUAAAACCCCAUCCUUGGCACAAGGUAUUCCAGAAGUGUCUGCCUGCAGAAGCAGUUGACCUGGUUUGUCGUUUUUUUCAGUACUCACCAAAUCUUAGAUGCACUGCUUUGGAAGCUUGUGUUCACCCUUUCUUUGAUGAACUGAGGGACCCAAACACCCGCCUUCCUAAUGGUCGCCCUCUUCCUCCACUCUUUAAUUUUAAAUCUCAAGAGCUUUCAGGUAUUCCACGUGAUAUAGUCCAUCGCCUCAUUCCAGAGCAUGCUCGAAAGCAAAACUUGUUCAUGGCUUUCCACUCUUAGUGACCAUGUGAAAUUUCAACACCGCCUGUUCAUUCUGCACUCUUUAGGGAUGGCCAACAAAUGUGCAUUACCUAUGGCUGUGUCUGUUGAAGUUUCCAUGACUACUUUUGAGAUGAGUUCGUAUAUAUGCAUUCUGUGAUAGUAUGGUUGAGGUUUACUAUCAAUCACGCGUAACUUCUUGUAUCUUUAUGCAAUGGAUCGUGGGAUGCUAACUCCAGAACCAUGAAAAUUCGGAAUGCUUUUACAUCAGUUUUCUAUAUUACCAUGUAGAUGUUUUUUGGUAUUGGUUGAAGGAUUUUCCCUUGUGGAUUAUGUUGAGAUGAUGUGAUAUUAUUUGUUUCUUGUUUUCUUCAUAAUUACUAUAGAUUGUAAUAGAAGUAAUUUCUUCAAAUGCAUCUUUCAAUAAAAACUGAGAAAAGAAGAACGAA